AUGGACUUCGCCGCUCAGGAUAUUGUGAACUACCUUUGUGCCAGUGCUGGCGCUAUUCCGGCCGACAGGCCUGGAAUUUACUUGGCUGAGCAAGAUGAGACUGAGCUGAUCGAGAAGCUUUGGACGGGAACUGAGACUGCCGAGGAGCUCGUUGUUGCCGAGGAUGUCAGGGAAAACACACCGGCUCUGUUCCUGCAGGAUGAAAAGGAGCGUUAUGCUUUCAGCGUUGAUAUCAACAAGAAACUUCAGCGUCAUAGAUUCGACAAGAACCUUGAUGAAUGGGUGAAGGACAAUCUUCAGGGAGAGCAGCCAAUCCUCAUCCACGGGAUGAGCAGACUCAGUGGCGGCAUUGUCGACGGAACUCACUUUGUCUUCUUCGAGAACCUUGACGGCCAGCUUCAAGCGGUCAGGAUUUCGCACAAGGGAGAAUGCCAACAACUCCCUCCAACUCCUGUCCAGUCUCAGCAGGGAUGUCCGCACUCCGCCCUGGUGACUGGAGAUGGCUUGGUCCAUCUCUUCUACAUGCAUCAGGAAGACAACUCCAUUCAUCAUUUCACCACGCAGCUUGAUGUCAUCCUCCCUGGUACAGAUUUUGACGAUGUCCAAAUCGUCAACUUCUUGGUCAUUCCCUAUGAAGACUUGACCUUCGACAUGUUCGCGCUGCUCUCCUCGGGGAGGCUGGUGGUGGUCGACAAAAUUGGGACGAAGACUUUGCUGGGGCAGGUUAAGGAUGGCCAAUUCACUGCUGCCUCCAGUGAGGAGUGUGUCAUAGAGGCGGCUGCCAUGGUCAAGAAGGGAAUUAAGGCAGCAUCGGGCAUCAAAAGCAAGGGUAAAUAG